CCUCGCCAUUUUCCCCCCCGAUUAUUGUUGUUAGUUACCAAGCUAAUGGCUAACUAUUUCCAACACCUCUGUAGAUUAACGGUUUGAUAGUAAGCCAACGAUAGACUCCUGUCCUUAUAGGGGUUUGUAUACCAGUCGCUGCUGUUAUGGACGAGGAGUUCUACAGCGGAGGUGGAGACUGGGAGGGUAGCACGGAAGAACGCUAUGUUGAAGGCGAGGAUGGUGGGAAAAUCCAGGAAGAAUGUCUACAGAAAUUCUCCAGCAGGGACUACAUCAUGGAACCUGCGAUCUUCAGCACACUCAAAAUGUAUUUCUUAGCCGGUGGUUCACCUGAACAUGUGAUCCAGCUGCUCAGUGAGAACUACUCUGCUGUGGCUCAGACGGUGAAUCUCCUAGCAGAGUGGCUCAUUCAGAUGGGUGUGGAGCCAGCACAGGUCCAGGAGCGAGUGGAAAAUCAUCUGAAGAGUCUUCUGAUUAAACAUUUUGACCCGCAGAAAGCCGAUUCUAUUUUCACAGUGGAGGGAGAGACUCCUGCCUGGCUGGAGCAGAUGAUCGCACACACAACAUGGAGGGAUCUUUUCUACAAGCUCGCGGAGGCUCAUCCUGACUGCCUGAUGCUGAACUUCACCGUGAAGCUCAUCUCAGAUGCUGGUUAUCAAGGUGAGAUCACCAGCGUGUCCACAGCGUGCCAGCAGCUGGAGGUCUUUUCUCGGGUGCUGAGGACGUCUCUCGCCACACUGCUGGAUGGAGGAGAAGAAAACCUGGAGAAGAACCUGCCUGAGUUUGCAAAGAUGGUGUGUCACGGCGAGCACACGUACCUCUUCGCCCAGGCAAUGAUGUCCAUCUUGGCUCAGGAGGAGCAGGGCGGCUCAGCUGUGAGGCGCAUCGGUCAGGAGGUCCAGAAGUCGGCUCACAAGAGAGGUCACGAUGCCAGUCAAAUCACCCUGGCCCUGGGCACCGCGGCAGCCUACCCUCGAGCCUGCCAGGCUCUGGGCGCCAUGCUGUCUAAAGGAGCUCUGAAUCCAGCCGACAUCACUGUCCUGUUCAAGAUGUUCAGCAGCAUGGACCCUCCACCUGUGGAGCUGAUCCGAGUCCCCGCCUUCCUGGACCUGUUCAUGCAGUCGCUGUUCAAGCCGGGCUCAAAGAUCAACCAGGAGCACAAGCACAAGUACAUCCACAUCCUGGCGUACGCUGCCAGCGUGGUGGAGACCUGGAAGAAGAAUAAGAGAGUCAACAUCAACAAAGAUGAGCUCAAGUCCACGUCCAAGGCCAUUGAGACGGUCCACAACCUGUGCUGUAACGAAAACAAGGGCGCCACGGAGCUGGUGGCCGAGCUGGGCACCUUGUAUCAGUGUAUCCGCUUCCCUGUGGUGGCCAUGGGCGUCCUGAAAUGGGUGGACUGGACGGUGUCUGAGCCGCGGUACUUCCAGCUGCAGACGGACCACACGCCGGUGCACCUGGCUCUGCUGGACGAGAUCUGCACGUGUCACCAGCUGCUGCACCCUCAGGUGCUCCAGCUGCUGGUGAAGCUCUUUGAGACGGAGCACUCGCAGCUGGACGUCAUGGAGCAGAUGGAGCUGAAGAAGACUCUCCUGGACCGAAUGGUUCAUCUGCUGAGUCGCGGUUACGUCCUGCCUGUGGUGGGUUACAUCCGCAAGUGUUUGGAGAAGCUCAACACGGACAUUUCCCUCAUCCGGUACUUCGUCACCGAGGUGCUGGACGUCAUCGCUCCACCCUACACCUCUGACUUCGUGCAGCUCUUCCUCCCCAUCCUGGAGAACGACAGCAUCGCCGGCACCAUCCGCACCGAGGGCGAGCACGACCCCGUGGCAGAGUUCAUCGCUCACUGCAAGUCCAACUUCAUUAUGAUGAACUGAUGUCUUCAGGUGCCGUUGCCAUGACGACCAUCUGUGGCGACUGAAGAGCAUUGCCGUUUAUAAAGUCAACUUUUUUAUUUGAAUUAUUUUUAAAUAAAAUGUGAGUUUGUUCCA